ACGAGUGCAUGCUGCCCUCUACACGUGCGUCGUGUCCAGGACGGAGGGCUCUGCAUGGCCGGCUCUGCGAGGUCAGAGGGUGUCUGCACCUGGCUCUGUGUGUGUGCGUGCGCGUGUGUGUGUGUGUGUGCGCGUGUGUGUGUGUGCGUGUGCGUGCAUGCGUGUGUGUGUGUGUGUGUGUGUGUGAACUCUGGGAACCAGAAGCCACAGAAAUGCAGAUCCUCUGAUUUAGCCGCUGGGCUCGGUUUGGGGACCAAGCAGGGGGGCAGUUUUACAGGGGUCCUGGGCAGAACGGGAACCCUCCCAGGGCCCAGAUGGGAGCCCCUGUGUGUGUGUGUGUGUGGACGCACGUGUGUCCCAGCCAGAAGUGACAACCAGAGGCCCUUCUGGGAGUCUGAGAAGCGGGUACUGGAGCAGCGCCCUCCCUUACCCCUGGGCUGUCCAGGGAAAGGCCAGAGCCUCUCAUGGUCUGUCUCCCUGGGGGGCUGAGGGGGGGUCACCUGGGACCCGGCCGUGCCCCACCUGGCUCACUCAGCCUUAGGAAGCACUGCCUCACCCUGCAGGGUUAGAGUAUUCGCUCCCAUUUCUCUGAGGGCCAAGCCAGGGAGAAGCCGUGACCCCCCACCAUAUGGGGAAGGCUCACAGUGACGCCAAAUCAGGACCCGAACUUGGGGACGGCCUCCUGGCCUGGCCCACGGUGCCCACCUGAACCAGUGAGAACGGCAGGGCAAGGCUGAGGGGGUUAGAGCGAUGCUGCCCGCCCACAAAGGGGAAGUGAGUCUCUUCUCGGGGAUCACCAGCACCGCAGAAGCCAGAAGGGAGGACCAGGUCCCCUCCGUGGGUGGGGCACAGCCAGAGAGAAGGCAGCUCCAGGACAUCGAGGUUUGCUGGAGAGGGCCGUGGGGGCGGGCCGUGCCGGGGUCCAGAACCGGCUGCCGUGACCAAUGCCGCGCCCCUCCCCCCACAGCUGCUCCGCUGGUGACGUCCGGUGGGGGCGGGCAUGGGAAAGGGAGCCUAGCCCUUUAAGCGGCGGGCGGUCCUGCCCAAGCCGGCUGCGCCCCGGUGCGCGUCCCUGCGGAAUGCGGGCUGGUGAUGUCGCCGCAGGCGGCUCAGCCCGCGCGCGUCGCCCUCGCACCGUGGUCGGAGACGGCGGAGGGAGCAGCCCCUGCGCGGAGGGGGGCUUUGCCACCUUCUCCUCCUGCUUCCCCGGCCUCUGUGAGGGCAAGCCUGCUGCCCUGCUGCCCAUGAGCCUCUCCCAGCCCUGCCUGCCCGUGCCCAGCGUGGGCCUGACCCGCAUCCUGCCUCACCUCUACCUGGGCUCCCAGAAGGAUGUCCUGAACAAGGACCUGAUGACCCAAAACGGAAUAAGCUAUGUCCUCAACGCCAGCAACUCCUGCCCCAAGCCUGACUUCAUCUGUGAGAGCCGCUUCCUGCGCAUUCCCAUCAAUGACAACUACUGUGAAAAGCUGCUGCCCUGGCUGGACAAGUCCAUCGAGUUCAUCGAUAAAGCCAAGCUGUCCAGCUGCCAGGUCAUCGUCCACUGUCUGGCCGGCAUCUCCCGCUCCGCUACCAUCGCCAUCGCUUACAUCAUGAAGACCAUGGGCAUGUCCUCCGACGACGCCUACAGGUUCGUGAAGGACCGUCGCCCGUCCAUUUCGCCCAACUUCAAUUUCCUGGGCCAGCUGCUGGAGUACGAACGCAGCCUGAAGCUGCUGGCCGCCCUGCAGGGCGACGGGGCAUCCCACCCUGGGACCCCAGAGCCCCUCCCGGGCCCUGCCGCCCCACUGCCGCCGCUGCCACCACCUACCUCAGAGAGUGCUGCCACCGGGAGCGCAGCGGCCAUCACCACCAGGGAGGGCGCACAGUUGGGGGGUGGGGAGACCCCCACCCCCGCCCCCGCCCCGGCCACCAGCGCGCUGCAGCAGGGCCUGCGUGGCCUGCACCUCUCCUCUGACCGCCUCCAGGACACCAACCGCCUCAAGCGCUCCUUCUCGCUGGACAUCAAGUCGGCCUACGCGCCGAGCCGGCAGCCCGAAGACCCCGGGCCCCCCGACCCCGGGGAGGCCUCCAAACUCUGCAAACUGGACAGCCCAUCGGGGGGCGUGCUGAGCCUGCCCUCCCCCAGCCCCGACAGCCCGGACGCGCCGCCUGAGCCACGCCCCAGGCUCCGCCGGCGGCCCCGGCCCCUGGCCGGCUCCCCGGCGCCCGGCCUCGGCCUGAACUUCGGUGACGCCGCCCGGCAGACUCCGCGGCUCGGCCUCUCGGCCCUGUCGGCGCCCGGGCUGCCCGGCCCUAGCCAGCCGGCCGGCCCUGGCGGCUGGGCGCCACCGCUCGACUCCCCGGGCACACCGUCCCCCGACGGGCCCUGGUGCUGCAGCCCCGAGGGCGCGCAGGGCGCGGGCGGUGCGCGGUUCGCACCCUUCGGCCGGGCCAGCGGGCCGGGCGCGGGAGGCGGCGACCUGCGGCGGCGGGAGACGGCGAGGCCCGAGGCCCGGGACGCGAGGACCGGCUGGCCCGACGAGCCGGCCCCGGAGACACAGUUCAAGCGCCGCAGCUGCCAGAUGGAGUUUGAGGAGGGCAUGGUGGAGGGGCGCGCGCGCGGCGAGGAACGGGCCGCCCUGGGCAAGCAGGCCAGCUUCUCGGGCAGUGCGGAGGUCAUCGAGGUGUCCUGACCGCGGCCGGGAGCGGCCCCUCCGCGGGGACCCGGCGCCCCCAGCCCUUCCGCUGCCCUCCCUCGGCUGGGCCCGCUAUAAAUACAUAUUAUAUAUAAUGCAAUGAAAGGUAAAUGGUUUUACUGCGAUUUUUAUCGAGAAGUAAAUAUUUCCAUUUUUUAUUUAUUUAAGCUGUUCAUUCUGGCAAUGACUUGGCAACAGUGCGGGCGGUCCUCGGAGCUCUAUUUUUACUGUCUGGUAUUUAAACUGAAGCCCACGUUUCUAAGCAAUAUGAGGCCACCUUCAGUUGCAAGCUGGGGUGCCAGGCCUGGGGUUCCCCCCUCCCCCCUCCCCCAGGAAACACUGCUGACCGUUGCAAAGAGGCUGCUGAGCUUUCGUGCACUUUUUACAUACGGGGAAAAAAAGAUGAAAAAACCUUUGCCACAAACUGAGCCGCAGAACCUCCCUGCCCCUCCCCCGCCCCACGACCUCCUCUCCUCCCUCUUCCUUCUCUGCUCCUUUCUGGGCACUUCACCAAAGCCAUAGGUGGGAGGAGGUGUCCCGGGAGCGGAGGAGGCACCGCCAGCCCCCCGGCCACCUCCAGGCGCCAGGUCUCGGUGCCCUAGAGGGCACCCCCACCGCCCAUGCCCCCGGGCCCGUUGCCUGGCAGGUGUUGGGGGCCCAGGGUGUUCAGAGGACUGGGGUCUGGAAGAGGGGAAGAGCGCGGUGAAGGGGGCUCCCGAGUGUCAGAUGACAUGGGUCCACAGGGCAGGGAUGCAGGUGGAAUGCCCCCACCCCUGCCCGAGGGGAGGCUGCUGCCCUCUCCUCCGCUUUGGGGGUGCCCCCUAGCGCCAGCUGCCAGUGGGAGAGCCAGCAGGAGGGGGAGCUUGGCCCCUGGGGGGUGGCAGGCUGGAGGAGCUGGGCCGCCAGUGCUGGCUCGGCUGGUCAGAGGGGGCAGAUAGAUUUAGGGGCUUGUUCUGCGGGUGGAGGUCCCUCCAGGAGGAGUGGCUGCCUUGCAGAGGGAGGGGGCAGUCAGCGCCUGGCAGACCCUUAUGCCUCGGGGGGUGGGGGCCUUAGCUUGGGAGGGCCGCCUCCACGUAAAUAUCCCUGAUGUGAGCAGAUGCAGGAGGUGUCCCCCACGUCUGCCCAACCUCCAUAGGGGCCUCGGAGGAGAGAGACCCCUGUACACCCCUCUCCUCUCCUCUGAAGCCUCCCCGGUAUCUUCAAGGUGACAUGCCAGUCCCUACUCCCAGGUGGCUUUUUGGCCCAGGUGGGCCAGCCUGGGGGUGAGGGCAGGAGCAAAGCCCCAGCUACCCCUCCUCGGUCAGUGGGACCCAAGGCUUUGGGAGGCAGGAGUGGGUGUCCCCCAACCUUCAGAUGUCCUAGAGUGUCCAGGAGUGGGGGCUGGUCACCUUGGGGAGAGGCCAGGGGCUUGGCAGAAGGGGUGGCCUGGGCAGGACUGAGUCCUCAGGCAGGCGUUGCGGGGCGGGGGGGGGGGGGCGUGCCUGCCCCCAGCUGCCCUCUAGCUGUUUCUUGUUCUUCUUUUGACCCCCGCCUUAUGUCCCGUCAUCCCCCCUUUGAACAAAAUUUCUGUUCCUGUUCCCUGUGUCCCCACCCCGUCCCCCAAGAGCAUAAGCUAUCAUUGUUGUAUUUGCAAUCUAUGGACUAGAGGUUUAACUAUUUAUUACUAUUGGUUAAUUAUUAUUAUUAUUAUUGAUUAUGUAAAUUUGCCUCCUGUCUGUCUAUCGCGUUGUGUUCCUGAGGUGACCCCGGGUGUGGAGGAUGCACUGGUCCCCACUCCGCGCCCUACCCCUAAGCUGUCCAGGAGACAGUGCUCAGGGCCGCUGGUUGGGCCCCACCACCCUGGGAGCGGGUCCCACGGCCCGUUCUCCCCGCCCUCCGUCCUUGUCCAGGGCUGGAGCCGCUGUGGCUUCUGUCCUGGGGCGCGUGGGGGCUGUUGCUCAUGAGACGCUGGUCGAAGUGAGCAGCUGUGAUGAGAGAAGGUCCCGUCUCGGCCGCCCCCUGCCCCCCGUGCUGGCGGCACUGGGCACCGGGCAAGAGCCCCUCCCUGGUCACUUCCACCCACUGUCCCAGGCAGGGAGGGGAGGGGGCAGGGCCCCAGCUCUCUCCAAGUCUCUCUUGGCCCUCCCACCCCUCCUGCCGGCCCAGUGCCCCGGCAUCAGGGGUCCCCCAGAAUGGACCCGGCCCCCUCCUAUUAUUUGCUGGAAAGUCCAGCGGAGGAGAGGUGGCAGGUCCCCCCGCAUGGCUCCCGGUCCCUCUGGACGGGGCUGCCCCACCUCAGAACCCCUUCCCAGCGCGGCCGCUCUCUCAUCCCUGUCCUGUCCCCUUCUUUUGUAUUUGGAAACGACGUGUUGUAAUAAAUCCUGAGAUGGAUGUUUUC